AUGGUAUCUCGUAUAUUUCGGGCGUUGCCUUUAGGAAGUGUGCGUUUAGCAGGACCUGAUGAUGUUCCUGCUAUUUUGACUUUGGUCAAUGAAUCUAUGUCUCUGAAUUUUCGUAUUUCUGGUCCUGCUGAUUUAAACUAUCUACUGAAAAAUUGUGUUUUAACUAUAUGCCAGUUAGAUAUAAACGGGACAAUAGUAGGUGCACUUGCUCUAAAGGAUCAUCCUCUUGUGCCUUCUGUCAACCCUGCCGCGUGGGAAGACUUUGUAUGGAGUAAAUAUAAAUAUGUAGAACUAAAUUCACGGAACACGAUUUUCCUGCACCUGCUGUGUUGGAAUCCAGUUUAUGCGCGAGAACUUGUUGAUAAUAUGCUAAAGUCUGUAUUUAUGCAUGACCCUUACCUACAGUACAUUGCAAUGAUGAGAACCAUUAUUGAACAUCCACUGUUAGUACCAGGGCAGUCGCGUUCUGAGGCGUCAUUCAGACGGGUUCAAGCGUUGGAACGAGGUGUUCCUGGAGAUCAGCUACCGACGCUGCUAGUCGCUGAGAGGGGGGAUGUCAGUCCUAGACUUAAGAUUCGACGAGCUGUUGAAGCGGAUAAUGAUGAUAUAGUGCCUAUCAUAGAACAACAUUCUGUUCGACUUCGUCAGAUGUACGGAGAUUUUUACGUAAGCGAGCUGAUUUCGAGACACCCAGAAUCAGAAAGAGCCUUGCUUGUUUGUGAGCAUAAAGAAGUGGCAGUUGGUGUAAUGUGCCUCAACACAGAAAUAAAUUUUGAGGAGCUGGAAGAGAGUUUUGAUCUAUCACCAUUCGCUGGUCUGCGGCGUUUAGAACGCAUCAUAAAACCUAGAGAUAAAACCGUAGAUGGAUCAUCUGUCAGCCUCUUAGAAUCAAAAGAUGAUCCCCAAAAGGAAUCGUCGUUUACAAGCGCAAUGUCUAGAGAAACUAAGUCGAGGGUGACUUGGGUAUACGGUGAUGACGAAUUCUCAAAGUUCAAAGAACAAGAAGUUAAGGCACCACGCCCAUCACAACCCGGUGUGUUUAGCCAACUCGACGUAUUGAAUCUCUUUCUCGAAGAGCCAGAGGAAAUGGAAUUUGAUAUCGUCAACAUAGACCCAGAGUUAAUGAAAGUACCUAAGUACUUCUAUGAAAACAGCCAAGAUGAAAAAACAAAAGUUCGUCGCAGAGAAUCCUUCUAUGACAAUAAAUAUCUUGAUAAGGACGUUGGGAAAAGGACAUCCGAGUUCCCCAUGAUAUCACCAGCGAAGCCUCCACAGCCAACACGCUUCGUAGGACCACCUAAUGCCUUUCUAUUGGAGUUGUUUGCUAUGCGCCAUGAUUAUGAUGAACGAUAUGGUUUCGAUAUGUUAGAAGUGGCGUUUGAGCUAUUUCCAGAUAGAGAUUACUGCAUUGUCUGUUUGCCGACUAACCAUACGUGCUUCCCGCUUUUGGAACAUUUUACGCUAGUAACACCGUUCAAUUAUCGGAUGAGGUUUAUCAAUGAGACACUUUACGUGGUUCACAUAAAUUCUGUUAGAGGGGAUGUGAGAGUACGUCCAGCAGAACUAUACGAUGCUAUUAGUAUGAAAGACAUUCUGGAAAAUUCACCAAGAAAGACAGAAAUUUUGGAUUUGUUUCACGAUAGCUUUGAUAUUCCGUCGUUGUCAUCUUUUUGUCUUCUCAGUCAGAAUCAGCCGAUCGGCUUGGUCAUACUGGGACCUCUAGAAGAUACAACAAUAAUAAGAGCACAAUAUGACUUGGACCCCGAACCUUUCAAGUAUGGUACUGAUGCUGCGGUUUUGGUGGGUAUAAUGGCUCCAAUAAUGGAACCACACGGCCGAUGGUAUUUACGUGACUUAAUCAGAUAUACAAGAUAUACUACGCUGUUUUACGCUUGUCGUCUUUUUGCUAAAGGAGAAGCGAGUCCUAACAGACAUUUAAUGUCUCUAUCGAGUCACAUGAAACCAGUAUUACCUCGGCAAUUCUUCCCCAAUGUUAGAGGAAAUAAAGAUCUUGAAGUGAUCUUUAAACCCAUGGCCACACCAUUUGCCUUGUGGACAUUAGAACGUCCGUUGACAAGUAUGCCCAAAGUGUACGUAAACAAUAGUAUAGUGGUUGUCGGCGCCAGUCGUACGGGAUUAUCAUUUAUCGAAGCUCUGGUUAUGGGUUCCAGUGCCCAGUACCUAACAUUCACCAAUAUAACCCUGGUCUCUGAGCACGGUCUACCAACAGUACCAGACUGUCUGAAAGCAGCCGAAAUCUGCGUACCGCGUGACGGUAGAUACACAGACAGAUAUAUAAAAAGCAUGCCUUUUUACUAUUAUGUUGAUGUUCUAUCCGGACUUAUGGUUAAAAUUGACCGGAAAAAGAAGUGCAUUCAUCUUAAGGACGGUGGUAUGAAGUUCUAUGAUGAGCUGGUGCUGGUGUGCGGGCAGCAGUUCCAGCAUCCCGAUUACUUGAAAGAAUCUCCAGACAAAGACACAGCCAAAGAAACUGGGCCAGUGAAGUUCUGCGAUCGUCUUCUAAUGGAUGACGUAAAAUACCAACCUGACAGGGUUCCACCACCACCAGAAUUGCCAGAAAAUGUGAUGCUUAUCAAUUCCUUGGACCAAGCGAACUGCUGUCUUAAAAAACUGUUGAAACUUAUCAAGGAAACUAAACAUCAAGAUAAUGGUUUGAGCGAAGAUAACAAAAUUGUCGUAUACGGAGACUGCGUAGAAUCAUAUACUUGUAUUGCAGCAUUGUUAGAAUUGGGUAUAAGUGCUAAAACAAUUGCAUUCGUGGAGCCAUUUCCACCUGAUGACAGUAGAAAAAUGAGAGUUAAUUGUUUUAAUAAUGAAACGAUCGAUGGUCGAGUCCAAUUAUCUUUGAAAAAGUUAAACAUCCAAGUGUAUAGAAAAACUUAUUUGUAUGGAUGGAUGCAGAAAGGAGAAAGGGUGGAAACUAUACGACUUAUAUCACCUCUAACGGCGUUACAUGUACCUUGCUUUGCCUUGUUUUAUUAUGGGCUUAAAGCUAUCGAUGUUUAUGCGUUUAAAGCAAUAAAUGAAUGCGGCCUAGUAUACGAUGGAGGUUUAGUAGUAGGACCCAAUUUCGAUACAAAUGAUCCUCACGUGUUUGCGGCCGGACCUUGUGUGAGGUAUUCAAGGAAACUGUACGCAAACAACAGAUUGCAUAAAUAUUAUACUUCAGAGGAUGUCGGAGAAGCAAUGGCUCGUUUGUUUCUCCGAAAACUGGACCCAUUCAUGACAGGUGUUCACGAAGUGGAGUCCCCCACAUCUGAAACUGCAUCGCGCUUUAGCUCCGUGCUUUUGCCGUGUAAAGACUCUCAUGCUAGUGUCGCAAGUGCUCUACGACUUUCAAUGAGUGCUAUCAGAGGUCGUUGGCAGCCGGUACCUAAAUUUGAUGCCCCGCUAACACAAACAGCUACUCUUCCCGGACCGUUGUAUUAUCUAAAACUAAGAAAACCCGGCCCUGAAGUGCCCAUGGCUGUGCAAAUGACCUUGCCUCAUCAAGGUCACACAUUAAUAACGGAUAAAAAUGAGAAUUAUUUUCGCCUUCAAAUAAACGCGUUGCAUACAAUUGAAUCGAUCACCUGUUUAUCAAAGAAACGGUUUGCUUCAGAAAACUUUAUUAUGUUGUAUGGAAGACAUGAGUCGUAUUUCAACAAUUUGCUCUCUAGAUUCGAGUUGAACCUGAUUGAAGAUUUCUAUGAUUUCUUCACGAAGCCGUGGAUGUCGGCUUUGUAUCAAGAAGCAUUCCAAGGUUUGAUGAUGGAAAUCGAAGACCAUGGAAUCAAAACGGUACACGAUGUGCUGAAGACGAAAUAUAACGAGUAUCUUGAAGUCAACCCUGACUUGUCAACGUGUAUUGUUACUGGCACUGGGGAUAGGCUUAAGGAGUGCGGUCAGAAUGCUUGGUUACGUCACGAGGCCGACGUGUUCUGGCGAUCGAUAGACGGCGAACACAUUGUCGGCUCGCACCUCGCGACCUAUCUGCGACGGAACAAUGUCACAAACCCACAAUAUGCGAUGCCCCAAGCUGAAUUUAUUUGA